AUGUUUCUCAAGCAGAGCUCACGCGAUCGGCUUCGGCAUUGGACCAGAUGUUUGGGAUCAAGCACCGAGAAGAUCAAACUCCCGCCAAAGGAGCCGACGUUAGCCAAAUUCUCGUUUCCUUCGGCCACCCAUAAUGUGCGUGAUUUGCUCACCAGCGGUGAAAGUUGGACCCACUGUCCCAUCACAUUGCAUGGCCAUCUCCAUAGGAAGCCUAGAAAAUUAGGAAAGCGUACAUUUGCUGAGCUAAGGGAUACCAACGGUGACAUUAUCCAGCUCCAUUUUGCUUCAGAGUGGACGGGGCAAGAGCACAUGGAAUGCAUCCGUAGGUCUGGUGUUGAGGACGCCUUGGUUGUGAACGGCAUCUUGCGUAGAAAGGUCAAUAAGAAUGAGGACGAUUCACCCGAGUACGAGCUUUCUGUUUCUGAGAUGCAAUUGUUGAACAACGGUGGUGUUGACGCCGCCCAGUUAGACUCAUUGAAGCACUCGAGCCCGUCAACAAUCCCGCCAAAGUUUCGCUAUUUGCAAUUGCGUACCCCCUUCUACCAGAACGCCUUGCGUACUAGGUCACAAGCGUCACAUGUGACGAGGAAAGUCCUUAUAGAGAACCAUCAUUUUACUGAGAUUGAGACCCCAGCUUUGUUCAAAUCUACACCGGAGGGCGCUAGGGAGUUUUUGGUGCCCACGAGAUCUCCAGAUCGCUUUUACGCAUUGCCACAAUCCCCGCAGCAGUACAAGCAAAUGCUAAUGAGUUCAGGAUUCUCGAGAUAUUUUCAGAUUGCUCGUUGUUUUAGAGACGAGGAUCUAAGGGCCGAUAGACAGCCCGAGUUCACCCAGGUUGAUUUGGAAAUGGCCUACAUAAACAACAGUAAAAAGGUUCAUGCUGUGAUUGAUGACGUGAUAGAAACAGUCUGGCGAGAAGUUGCUAAGAAGCCGGUCUACAAAGUUGAUGCCACCGGUCAUAUCGUUCCGGUGAAGGCGAACCGUCGCCGGGAAAGCGAUCCUGCCUUCAACAAACUAACCUACCAGGAGGCACUAUCAAAAUAUGGUAUCGACAAACCAGAUUUGCGUUCAGCGCUCACAAUCAUUGACCUUUCGGAGUAUUUUAAACCGUUAAACGAAGCUGACCAUUUUGGUGUUGUUGAGGCUUGCGUGUUGAAGCAAGCUUUUGAUCCUGGCAACAAAUAUAAAGUUAGUCACAAUCUAACCGACAAAGAAGCGUAUCCUCGCCGAAGACCUAUAAUUUUACCCAUCCAAACGGAGGACGAGGCCUUGAAUUGGUGGAAGCCUUUCGUUGAAAAGGGUAUUUUGAAGACGACUGAUGCGUUCUCUCAAGUAAAGGUCCUCAAGGCACUCAACUUGGAGCAUGGUGAUAUCCUUGCUUUUGCGACUAGAGCUCAACUCUCUUAUGAGAAUCCUACUCCACUUGGAAGGUUUCGUCAACUUGCCAUAGAGCAAUUUCCAGGAAGAUGGAAUCGCCCUCUUAAGCCAAGUAACUUAGAGGAAUUGACGACUGAAUACGAUCCAAAAGAUAUUGUUGUUGGUUCAUGGGUAGUGGACUUCCCUCUCUUUAGUCCAGUCGACAUAACAGAAAGCGCAAGCGAGCCAUUCCCUAAAUACGACUUCAAGAGAUGGGAGUCAACACAUCAUCCUUUUACAAUGGCGAAACCAGAAGAUUAUGAACUUCUCGAGCUGAACAUUGCGCAAGUCAGAGGUGAGCACUAUGAUCUUGUCAUCAAUGGUGUGGAGGUUGGAGGUGGUUCCAGGAGAAUUCACGAUCCAGAAUUGCAAAAAUACGUUUUUGAAGCGAUCCUUAACAUUCAGAAUCACGACCAACUUUUUGGUCAUUUACUCAAAGCACUCAGCAUGGGAUGCCCUCCUCACGCUGGCAUUGCAUUGGGCUUUGAUAGACUUUGUGCCAUGUUGGUAGGGACGUCAAGCAUCCGUGAUGUCAUUGCGUUUCCUAAAAACCAAUCUGGUUCUGAUCCCGUUGUGGAGAGCCCUACCAGUGUGAGUAGCGCUGUCCUCAACGAAUACUAUAUAGACAAAUUAUACCUGUAA